GUUCCUCCGUCAUCCAUCUCUUGGUGCUUGCCCUCCCUCUCCCUAUCUAUCUCUUGAUAUUUCAUCGCGCAUAAUGAGUGACGGUGACUGGACUUGCGACGCCAAUGACGCCGUCCAACUGACGAUCGUCCAACCCGGCGAGCAGAAGGUCAACACUCUUUCGACCUUUCACCCUCAAUUCACAUAUCCUAUCUUUGGCGAUGAUGAGCAGAUCUUCGGUUACAAAGGGUUGAUCAUCCGCCUGCGGUUUGCAGCCCAUGACCUCCGCCCGCAUAUCCAUAUCUCUUACGAUGAGAAGUUCAAGCCAGUCGGGGAUACGGCUGCCCUCGACUUGAUAAAAACAGUGGAGCCAUUUGUCUCUGAAGAGGCCUUUACUCUACUCCCUGAUUACGAAAAGGCUGUCCAAGAAGACGAGCACGCCAAGGAGUUUGUGCCCCCGGGCAAACUCGUUCACAGCUACGUUACUCGACAGAGAAAGUAUGAGAUAUGGGCCGGGUCUCUUGCUGAUCCCAAGGUUCGGCAACUAUUGGAUCGUGCACAGGUUUUCGUCUCGCUAUUCAUCGAAGCCGGCACACCUCUGAUCACCGAUGAUCCUAUUUGGACGCUUGAAAGAUGGACAGUCUACUUUGUGUAUGAGAAGGUGGAGCCGCCAACGCCAACUGCCUCCCAAUACUCCAUUGUCGGGUAUGCGACAACCUAUCGCUGGUGGUACUACCAGAAAGAUUCCAUGAAGGAGCGCGCCGUCCAGAACGACCCAUUCCCGGCCCCAGAAAUCAGACCGGCCCAGCUCCCAUCUCGGCUGCGGAUCGCCCAAUUCUUGAUUCUUCCUCCUCACCAAGGUUCGGGACAUGGCACCCAUCUUUACACCAUUAUCCAUGCGGCAUGCGUCAACGACCCAACAAUCACAGAGCUGACUGUCGAGGAUCCAAAUGAGGCUUUUGAUGCUCUUCGCGACACCGCAGACUACCACAUCUUGCGCCCGGAGUUCCUCAAGCACAAGGUAGACAUCAACCCUGAUCCUUACGGGACACAGUCCAAGAAGCAGCGUCCUCGGCGUGUCCCUACUUCCACCCUCAUCCCAACCAAAGUUCUGCAUGAUAUCCGCUCGACGUUCAAGAUUGCCUCAACCCAGUUCGCCCAUAUCAUGGAGAUGUUCCUUCUCGGUCGAAUCCCCAGCAAAAACCGCCUUGCUGGUGGGGCCAAUAUGUCUCGGCUGCUCAUUAAGAAGUACAACGCAGAAGACCCCAACGAUCGUCGGUAUUACUGGUGGCGCAUGCUCACCAAACAGCGUCUCUACAAGCGUCAUCGGGAUGUGCUGAUCCAACUGGACAUGAGUGACCGCGUUCAGAAGCUGGAGGAAACCGUUACGAAUGUCGAAGAGGGGUACAACGCUCUGCUCAGUGUCUUCGACGCUCGCGAGGAUGCCUUGAAAGCAAAGGAGGACGAGUCAGAUGAGCUCGCGGCAUCAGAGUCAACUGCCGUCGUGGGCGAGGACAGCGCAGGCCCGAGCGGGAAAGAACAGGGGGCUAAGCGAAAGCUCGUGGUUGAGGAUGAAGAUGACGAAGAGGAAAAUGAUGACUCGGCAUCCAAGCGGGCAAAAGUGUGAAAAAUGCCGUCACGCCACGCCUUCAAUGCUUUCUCCCCCGGUCUAUGCAACAAAAUUCGCAUUGUAAUAAUAACCGUUAUGAAUUCCCAAGUCCACCCCACCCGCCCAUUAUGACCAUAAUCAUAUAUCCAACACCCAAUUACC